UAAAUAUGACUCCAUGGCCCCAAUCUCCGACCGGGAACAGCUCUCGGUUGUGUAACCGCUCAGGUUUCCUCUCGGCGUUCACGCGGAGCCGGGCUUCCGAGCCUGAGCGCGGGCGGGAGCCCAGCCUCGCCUCCGGUCCGGGCGUGACCUUGGCGGCCCGGCCCCUGCGAGCCCCGUGUCCCCAGUCCGGGAGCCCGAGAUGACAGCUCGCCCCCCGGACCGCCCCGCGCCGCCCCGCAGCCCCGGGAUUGGCUCCCACCCGGUCGCGCCUCCGCCUCCCACCACCGGGUUGCGCGGCGCCAGCCUGCUGGGCCCCAACCCGGAAGUGCGGCUCCCGGGCGCCGCCUCAGCGGACCGGGGCCGCCGCGUGACGACAGCGAGCGCGGCCAAUGAGCGCGGGCGGCAGCCGCGGCUUGAAGGAAGUCCCGCCCAGCGCCGUGCGGGGGCGGGGCGGCGAGCGGCGGGGCGGGCGCAGGUUGAGGGCGGCCAUUGCUGGAGCUCCGCUCUGGAGAGGAGGACGCUGAGGAGGCGCAGAGGCGCGCGGGGCUGCGUAGGAACCCGAGCCGCCGCGGGGCCCAUGGCCAGGACCACCAGCCAGCUGUAUGACACCAUUCCUAUUCAGUCCAGCGUGGUGUUAUGUUCCUGCCCAUCCCCAUCAAUGGUGAGGACCCAGACUGAUUCCGGCACGGCCCCUGUUGUUCCCAGCGGUGGUAGCAGGCAGGGCCCCACCAUGGACAGCACUGCAACCGAGUCCCGACCAAGUGCCAACUCACUGCAACAUGCUGCACAGCCGCCACCACAGCCUCGGAAGAAACGGCCAGAAGACUUCAAAUUUGGGAAAAUUCUUGGUGAAGGAUCUUUUUCAACAGUUGUUCUGGCCCGAGAACUGGCAACCUCAAGGGAAUAUGCUAUUAAAAUUCUAGAGAAACGUCACAUUAUCAAAGAGAACAAGGUCCCGUAUGUAACCAGAGAGAGAGAUGUGAUGUCGCGCCUGGAUCACCCCUUCUUUGUUAAACUUUACUUCACGUUUCAGGAUGAUGAAAAGCUGUAUUUUGGCCUUAGUUAUGCCAAAAAUGGAGAACUACUUAAAUACAUUCGCAAAAUUGGUUCAUUCGAUGAGACGUGCACCCGGUUUUACACAGCUGAGAUGGUGUCUGCGCUAGAGUACUUGCAUGGCAGGGGCAUCAUUCACAGGGACCUGAAACCAGAAAACAUUUUGUUAAAUGAAGAUAUGCACAUCCAGAUCACAGAUUUUGGAACAGCAAAAGUAUUAUCCCCAGAGAGUAAACAAGCCAGGGCCAACUCGUUUGUAGGAACAGCCCAGUAUGUUUCUCCAGAGCUGCUCACAGAGAAAUCGGCCUGUAAAAGUUCAGACCUUUGGGCUCUUGGAUGUAUAAUAUACCAGCUUGUAGCAGGACUCCCACCGUUCCGAGCCGGAAACGAAUAUCUUAUAUUUCAGAAGAUCAUUAAGUUGGAAUAUGACUUUCCUGAAAAAUUCUUUCCUAAGGCAAGAGACCUUGUGGAAAAACUUUUGGUUUUAGAUGCCACGAAGCGAUUAGGCUGUGAAGAAAUGGAAGGAUACGGCCCCCUGAAAGCUCAUUCAUUCUUUGAAUCCAUUACGUGGGAGAAUUUGCAUCACCAGACACCUCCGAAACUCACCGCCUAUUUACCAGCCAUGUCGGAAGAUGAUGAAGACUGCUAUGGAAACUACGACAAUCUCCUGAGCCAGUUUGGCUGCAUGCAGGUGUCAUCGUCAUCAUCCUCCCACUCCCUGUCUGCCUCAGACACGGGUCUGCCACAGAGGGCGGGCAGCAACAUCGAGCAGUAUAUCCAUGACCUGGACACUAAUUCUUUUGAACUGGACUUACAGUUUUCUGAAGAUGAGAAGAGGUUAUUAUUGGAGAAGCAGGCCAGUGGAAACCCUUGGCACCAGUUUGUAGAAAAUAAUUUAAUACUAAAAAUGGGUCCAGUAGAUAAGCGAAAGGGUUUAUUUGCACGACGACGACAGUUAUUACUUACAGAAGGGCCACACUUAUAUUAUGUGGAUCCUGUCAACAAAGUCCUGAAAGGUGAAAUUCCGUGGUCACAGGAACUCCGACCAGAGGCCAAGAACUUUAAAACCUUCUUUGUCCACACGCCAAACAGAACGUAUUACCUGAUGGAUCCGAGCGGGAACGCUCACAAAUGGUGCAGAAAGAUUCAGGAGGUGUGGAGGCACCGAUACCAGAGCCACCCAGACAACACCGUGCAGUGACAGCCCACCGCCUGCCCUCGCUGCCAGGACACGCGCCCCGCCAGCUCAGCGCGCUCCGGGACGCUUCCAGGCCACCUGCCAGCCGUCUCCAGGGGAAUGUAGACAGUGGACCCUUGCAGCUUUUUUAUUUAAAAGAAAAGAAGAAAAAAAUACCCAACAACACAAAGAACAAAACCAAUAAUGAACAGGAAUUCAGGGUCGCUUUGCUUGCUCUCUGUGCUCUAUGGAGGUCUCCCCGAGCUGUCCUUGUUGCCAGGACCCAGUGCUGUGCACGUCUACCUGAUUCCCACCUGGACCAGUGGACCAGUCCACCAGCUCUCCGCCGUGCACCCCGGUCACCUGCUGGUCUUGCUGUGACCUAGGGGACAGGGUGUGUCUGGGCCCUUUCUGCCCUCUAGGUGACCAUGGAACUCCUCACAGGGAGCUGUGUGUGCUCUGCUGGGGCGGCCUCUGAUCUCCAUGGGGUGGGAAGGUUCUUGGCCUUUGUCCAUGUGCUCUUUUCCUCAUGUCCCUAGAUCAUGGCUCAUCCCCUGUGCUGCGAGCUCUUGCUUUCCUCCUGAAGUAGCUCUGGCUGCAAGAUUUCUGUCUGCAGGUGCUCCACAUGUGACUGCCAGGCAGGCUCCCAGUGGUGAGAAGUGGGACAGGCUAUCGGGUGAAAUACAAGCCACUGCCCGCAAGGUUCCGAUCCAUCAUCCCUUGGAGCGGUGUUGCCCUCCGGGGCUGGAGCCCAGGCACAUGCUGAAGGGAGCAUGGUCAGCAGUAAGCCCGGUGAGCCCAGCUGCACAAGCAGACGGCUCUGCCGGCCUCCUAAGACCAGGGCAGCCUGGUGGUCUCCAUGUGGAGGAGUGAGACCUGAUGAGCCUUCCCGAGGGUCUGUUUAAAAGUACAGGACUCCCCCAGACCAGUUAAUUAGGAACCAAGAGACUCCUCACAAAUUGGACGGUACUCAGUCAUCUGGGUGGUGGGAGGAGUGCAUGCUCCCAGCCAGUACUCACACGCACCCUUUUCAAUGUUGUGAUUGAAUAUGCUCACAGCCAAAAAUUCUUACAUCCCAGCAGUGAGAAUCUAACACCUUCUCGUGGUGCCAGGUUAUCUGGUCACCGUCAAGUGGACUUUGCCUGGAAAAAAAGGGUUAACCCGCCUUGCACUUGAACCCAGCUCCCAGCCUGCUCUCCUUCCAUUUCCAGUUCCCUCCUUUCAGUGCUUAGAGGCAGCACCUACCCUCCGGUAGCCUCACAUGGUCCGGGUUCUGCUCGUCCUUUGAUUUUCUCUGCUGCUGCUCCCCAGACGGUGGGUCUUGGCUGUUCCUCUCCCUUCCCAGGUGUCCCGGGGGCAGCCCUCUGUUCAGUGGGGAGAUCCGGGCCUGCAGGCUGCUCCAGGGGGUGAACACCUUUUCCUUUAGCCUUUCACCACGGCACUGGCAAAGGCUCCCACAGGAAAGCCCCUCGGGCUUCCUGCCUGUCCCGUCUCACACACCGCUCACCUCUGUGGCCGGCGUCCAGGCAGAGAGAGAGGCUGCUCACAUUGUCUGGUGGUCAGAGUGGCUGUGCUUCCCCCGGGAGGGAGUGGGCUGGGGGACUCACUGCUGGGCAGGAGAGGGCUGAGCAGAGGUUGUAGCCAGGUUUGCUGGUGGUUUCUGUUCGAGCCUGUCCUCUGCUGUGAAAUCUGAG